AUGCCUGGAUACACUGAAAAAUAUAAAGCCCUCUUGCAUGGCAACACAGCCCUGAUGUAUAGUUGCACUGUUGGCAAUGACACAGCAACAGAAAUCAUUUUGAAGUCUUUCAGAAGAUUAGGUUUAAACGUCGACAACGUAAACAAGGAAGGCUACACUGCCCUGAUGUUGGCAGCGAUAAAUUUGAACUGGGAAUGCGCGAGCCUAUUGGCUAUCGAGGGCAGGGCUGACCUAACACUCUGCGAUCCUAUUGGUCGAACGGCCCAGCAAAUUGCAAUAGAGGCUGGAGCUUCUAGAGCUCAGGUCCUGCCAUUUUCCAUCACAUCCCGGAAGUUGAACAGAUGCAAAGUAGCAAGAUAUAGGGCACUGGUCCGUGAUGACGACGGAGAUGACGACGACGAGGAUGACGAUGGUGAAGUUGCUGCUGCUGCUGCUGCUAGUGGUGGUAGUGGGAUCAAUGGUGAAGAAUAUGGAGAUGAGGUUGAUGAAAAUAGCUUUGAUACACGCUCUGAAAGAAAGUCUCCCAGAGUUACUAUCAAUGACAUGGAUGCCAAAUUUGGAAAAUAUCGACAAAUUAUUAAGGAUGAUAAUUGUAGUGGCAGCGUCAGUAACAACCUUAAUGAUAAUAAAAAUUUUGAUGAUAAUAAUAAUGAUGAUGAUGAUGAUGAUAACAAUAGUAAUGAUGAUAAUAACAAUAGUAAUCAUGAAUCUUCCGUUUUGGAUAUUAGAGAAAGGGCAGUCAAUCAAAAUCGUAGGAUUAAAAGUUCCGAUUUCGGAGAAAAUCUUACAAAAUCUGCAAGGAACUCUCCUCAUGCUGUUUCUCCGUCUCCGGGAAAGACCAUGGCAUCCAAAUUCUUCAACACGUUCAUAUCAGGUGCCAUUUGCUCGUCGGGGUUCGGCAAGUUGAAAUUCAAAAAGGCAAAAUCCAAUAUUCUGGGUUCUAAGGAAAGAAAUGCUAUGCAUGCAUCUUCAGAGUUUAAGAAGAGCGCCAAAACUGAAAGCAUAAUCAAGACUGAUUCUGAUUUGGAUUCACUUCGUAUCUCAAAGGUGGAGCGUUUGCGUUUGAACCGCGAAUUUGAUGGCGAUCGUUUAAGUUUCAACGAGCGGCGUCUCAACUCCAUGGAUGAAUCCAUUUUUUGGAUAAGGAAAUAA